UUCCGAUUUACUUCGCUGCUUCCACAGUGGUCUCUAAGUACAUGAAAGGAGAAAAUAAAAAGAAUGAAUUGAAAGGGUGAAUUCGAGCGGAAAUUUCGCGGAAAUGACAAGCCGUCCAUUGUGCAGUGUCGCAGUUGCAGCCGCGUCGAUAGAGCGUCCCAAACGGCUUGCUCUGAUUUGCAUAGGAAAUGCUUCUUGUUUUGUGGAUCUCUGGAUGAUAUUGAUGCAGUAGCAGUGGUAUAUCAAUCGAAGUGAAGUGCAGUAUGAGUCUGAGAUUAAUGCCGGUGCUAGAUGCAGCCAGCCGAAAUGCAUUGUAUGCGAGGAGGCUUCUGUCAUUUCGUAUAGUGAAGAAGUUUUGUGUAUACAAUCAAAGGCGGCAAACCGGCAGAUUGAGAGAUCCCGCUGCGCCGUUGGAGGAUUUUUCAUUCCCAUGGCCCUUCCCCAAGAAGCCAUCUACAUGGUACAAAAUCAAGUCCUACAUCACUUUAGGUGUCGUUUAUCUGUUCACAAGAUUGAUAUUUUUACCAGGAGUCAACAAGUUGCGGAUUUUCAAUAAAGAAACAUUUAUGAAAGCUUGGACUGACAGAACGCGCCCACUUAUCACUAUUUCGAAUCAUCGCAGCAAUCUGGACGAUCCUUUGUUGUGGGCUUUUGUUACCAUGUCGGAGAUGUGGAAAAACGUUGAUCGACAUCGCUACACUUUGGCAGCACAUAAUAUCUGCUUUUCGAAGAAGUGGCACACUACAUUUUUCUCGCUUGGCCGCUGCGUCCCCUGCGUGCGAGGACGUGGAGUUCAUCAGAAAGGAAUGGAUUUUUGCGUGGAAAAACUCAACGAGAAUGGCUGGGUGCACAUGUUUCCUGAAGGUCGCGUCACUCCAAACCCGAUUCGUAUAAAAUGGGGUGUUGGACGAUUGGUUAUGGAUUCAUUGAACCCUCCAUUGAUUCUACCAAUUUGGUGUACAAAUAUGGGCAAUGUUUGGACGGAUCAACCACCGUAUCAUCCACGAUUUGGCCAUAACGUGGAUAUCCAUGUUGGUAACUUGUUGGAUACCCGAUCGAUAUUAGAGGAGCUCUCAUUAAAGAAAGACUGGAGCGAGCUGAAAAGAAGAAAAUUUAUCACAGACGCAAUCCAGACGGAGCUGUUUAAGUUGGGCGAACGAGUUGGCGUAUUAGCAGAUGGAACAGCGGCUCGGAUUUUGCGCGAGAAUGUUAACGAUAAUUUGUGAUGUUUUUGAGCAUAGUUUUGUACGCUUUUGUGUUGCCGUUCUUAUUGGUACCUCACACACUUUUUUACACCCUAUUAUCGCUGUCAUGUUUUAUGCUCCACGCGUUGCGUUGCCGACAUCAGACAGGUGGUCAUGUGUAAUCCAUUGGCAUCUCCUCAGUUUUGUGAAGAUUCACUGAGAGUGGUAGGCUGUUUAUAAGUUGUGUUCAACUAUGAUUCUUUCACUCAAAGUCACGAUUGCAUUCUGUAUUCGUGCCAUCUCAUUUCAGGACUGAUUUUAUGCGUAAUAAUUUCUCACUUUUUGCAUUCGUUUUACAUGGUAUGUUCUCAUUUAUGCUCACUCUGCAAUACUAAUGUUUUUUCCGCUCAGUCCUAUCUUGAUAUGAACAAGGAUUUUUGUUUAUUUUA